AGUGGGGCGGCGGGGCCCGGGCCCCGGGGCGGGCCGGGCCGGGUUGGGUUGCGCGGGGCGGCGGUAGGGUCUGUCGCUGUGGGGAGGCAGGAAAAUGGCGCUGACGCAGGGGACCAAGCGGAAAGUCUGCUAUUACUACGACGGUGAUGUUGGAAACUAUUAUUAUGGCCAAGGACAUCCAAUGAAACCCCACAGGAUCCGGAUGACCCACAACCUGCUGCUGAACUAUGGCCUCUACAGGAAGAUGGAGAUAUAUCGCCCUCACAAGGCAAAUGCAGAAGAAAUGACCAAGUACCACAGUGAUGACUACAUAAAAUUUCUGAGAUCUAUUCGUCCAGAUAACAUGUCUGAGUACAGCAAGCAGAUGCAAAGAUUUAAUGUUGGGGAAGACUGCCCUGUGUUUGAUGGGUUGUUUGAGUUUUGUCAGCUCUCUGCUGGAGGCUCAGUUGCCAGUGCUGUGAAGCUGAACAAGCAACAGACAGAUAUUGCUGUGAAUUGGGCGGGAGGCCUUCACCACGCUAAGAAGUCAGAGGCUUCUGGCUUCUGUUAUGUUAACGAUAUCGUCUUAGCUAUCUUGGAGCUCCUAAAGUAUCACCAGAGAGUGCUCUAUAUUGACAUUGAUAUUCACCAUGGAGAUGGCGUGGAGGAAGCCUUUUAUACCACAGACCGUGUCAUGACCGUGUCCUUUCAUAAGUACGGAGAAUACUUCCCAGGAACAGGGGACCUACGGGAUAUUGGUGCAGGCAAAGGCAAGUACUAUGCUGUCAACUAUCCUCUCCGGGACGGAAUUGAUGAUGAGUCCUAUGAAGCAAUAUUCAAGCCGGUGAUAUCUAAAGUGAUGGAGACGUUCCAGCCUAGCGCAGUUGUCUUGCAGUGUGGGUCAGAUUCUCUGUCAGGGGACAGGCUGGGUUGUUUUAAUCUGACCAUCAAAGGUCAUGCCAAGUGUGUGGAGUUUGUAAAAAGUUUUAAUUUGCCUAUGCUGAUGCUGGGAGGAGGUGGCUAUACGAUCCGCAACGUGGCUAGAUGCUGGACCUAUGAGACUGCUGUGGCUUUGGACACUGAAAUUCCCAAUGAACUUCCAUAUAAUGACUAUUUUGAGUACUUUGGACCAGACUUUAAGCUCCACAUCAGUCCCUCGAACAUGACUAACCAGAAUACCAAUGAGUAUCUUGAGAAGAUCAAGCAGCGUCUCUUUGAGAAUCUGCGCAUGCUGCCUCAUGCCCCUGGUGUCCAGAUGCAGCCAAUUCCUGAGGAUGCUGUUCAGGAAGACAGUGGAGAUGAAGAGGAGGAAGAUCCUGAGAAACGCAUUUCAAUCCGCAAUUCCGAUAAGAGAAUAUCCUGUGAUGAAGAAUUCUCUGACUCUGAAGAUGAAGGGGAAGGAGGGCGCAAAAAUGUUGCCAACUUUAAGAAAGCUAAGCGUGUGAAAACAGAAGAGGAAAAGGAGGAAGAGGAGAAGAAAGAUGAGAAAGAAGAGGAAAAAGCAAAAGAGGAGAAAGCAGAACCCAAAGGGGUGAAGGAAGAGACAAAAUCCACCUAAGAUGGCUGCAGCUGGACAGUACCUGUCAGUGCGUAGUUGUCGUAGGUUAGCUUCUCUGGUUGCCUCCCAUUCCACAGGAUUUAUAUUUUAUAUAUGUUUCUGUAUAUAUUUCUAUAUAAAUAUAUAAAUGACUUGAGAACUGUAAAUUAUUCCUUGCUGCACUCCGCUGGGAGCAGAUAGGGAGGAUUCUGCGGAGUAGACAGACCUGCACUGCCCAGAUUUGGUGACUGGGAAGUUUCACUCUUGCCUUCCACUGCCUCCUUAGUGUGUCUUUAAAAAAAAAAAAUCACUUCCUUUCUUUACUCUCUCCUCUGAAAUAACCACCUUUGGAAAAGAAUAAUUUAAGUAGAAGUAGUAUCUGCAUUUCAGGUUAGGUGGAAAGAUGGCCAUCAAUUUUCUUUUUUUUUUUUUUUUUUUUUUUUUGGUGGGAGAAUAUGAGUUCCCAAACGAAGCCUGUGAGAGACUAUUCCUUUGGUCUUCAGUUUGAUUCCACCAUGGCAAGUAACUGCAAGCUGGUGCCGCUUCUCAGGGUCAAAUAGUGCAGUUCUUGAAUAGAGUUGGCUACCUCCCUGCAGCAAACUUGUGGAAAGAGAUGAAGCAGCUUAAAAGCAGUCUGAAAAGCGCUUUAGUGAAUCAGCCCAAGAGCCCUGCAGGUGCAGAUCUGGAAAAUGCAAAAUGAAAAUCACCCUAAUGUGGUGGUUAACAUUUUUCCAAGAUCUUGCAGAUCCAGUUAGUGUGGCAGCAUUAUGCAUCUCAAGUAAGAGAAGGGAUGAAAUUUUUAUACCUUUUUUUCUAUACCUAUGCCCCUUUUUGGGGGGGAAGUGAGUUACUGCCCAUUUGGCCGCCUGCUUUGCUUUUCCUGUUUGUUCUGCCCUCGGCUACAUGUGCCGUAAUGUGCUUUCUCAGUACUGAUCUGUGUCCUAGGCUGAAACCACUGCAGAAAUUCCCAACUCGUCUAAAGGCCAGACCGAACAGAGCCUGGCUGAAACCUCUUGUCGAUGUGUGUCGCUCACUGAAAAACUCUUCUCUGAAGUGAAGUUACAAAUGAUUUCAAAUUGAACCUUUCCUCUCUUUUGCUCUCAAGGCCAGUAAAUAUGGAAAACCUUUUUAUCAGCUGAGCUGUUAUCUUUAUAAGGGAACAGCAGAUGGGGCUCUGUACGUUUUUAUAACUACUCCUUUUCCUACUCCCAUGCAUUAUCUCACACCCAAAGGUCUUUUGUGAACAGAACUGGCCUUUCUUUUGCAUCUCGUUUUGUACAACUGAUCAUUAGAUGAGCUUUUGGUGAAAUGCUUUGCAGAAGUUUUGCAGGCAGUUUUGACUCGCUGCUCUCCUUUCUCAGGGGGAUUCCUCUGUCCAUAAGAGGAUCUGUACCUCCCACGGAGCGCUGCUGAUGGUUUCAACUCUAAUAAUGCUGCUAACUUAACACAGGUUAUUUUUAAAAUGUUUUAUUUUUUUAAAUACUUCUUUUCCCUUUUCCACCGUGAGUUUUUUAGUCUCUUUGAAUCCGAGUGACGUGUCACUCCUGCUCUUCAGUGUUUGUAUGUGAAGCGAGAGAGAUCAGUGUAUCUUUGUGUCUGGGGGGGAAAUAUAUUGUGGUUUUUUAAAGAUGCUUUUAUUUUGAAUUUUGAGAAUCUUUGUAAUAAAACUGGUACAUUUCUA